AUGUCUGGUGCUUUGGAAGGUAUUUAUGAGCCCGGCGUGGUCGACCCCGGCUAUCCCUCAACUGAGGGAACUACCCCUUUCUGGCAUUCUCAACCACAUCCUCGCGCCAACCAUCAAUCAGAAUGGCCCCAGGGUGUUAUCGACGUUGUUAUUAUUGGUGCCGGCCUUACCGGGAUGAGCCUGGUACGAAACUUGCUAAAGAAGAAGCCAGGAAUUCGCAUCGUCCUGGUUGAUGCUCGAUCACUGUGUUCCGGCGCUACAGGCCGUAACGGUGGCCACUGCAAGACUAUGACAUUUGCUAUGUGGGAGGAGCGAAAGCACUCAUUUGGCAUUGAAGAGGCCGUGCGUAUUUCGGCCUUUGAGCAUGCACAUCUGGAAGCCAUGGCCACUGCAAUCCGUGAGGAUGGUAUUGAUUGCGAUCUGGUCCUCACGCAGGGCAUCGAGGCCUAUUACGACCAAAAGGACUUUGAGAAGGCUAUUGCCGGCCUCGAAGACAUGCGUGCCCACGCACCUCACCUGGCAGAGAAGCACCAAGUCCACACAGAUCAGUCAUACCUACGAGACGUUCUCAAGUUGUCAUCCCGUGCUGUAGGCGCCAUCUCGAUUCCAGCAGCCUCUAUGUGGCCUUAUAAAUGGGUCACGGGCGUCCUUGGUCCUUUGAUUGACCAGGGCAGAAUCAAUGUCCAGACACACACGCCCGUCACAAGUAUCGUUGACUUUAAGGAGGACGGAUAUGCGACUGUCAAGACCAAUCGGGGCGAAAUUCGCGCAAAGGAUGUCGUCCACGCCACAAACGCCUGGCUUGGCCACCUGCUACCGGAGCUUCGACCAUUUAUCUCUCCCGUCAGGGGCAAUGUCGUGGCAUACGCUCCAACAGCAGAUGGAAAGUCGCCGUUGGGUCUCGGAAGCGACUAUUCGCUCUGGUUGCGAUACGGUGUCAAGGACUACGACUACCUUAUUCAGCGCAAGGAUGGUCGUGCCAUUGUCGGACGGGCCAACACUGGCCGCAAGGCAGUGGGCGAUGAUAGCGAGAUGGAUCUGAGCCCAAUGGCACAUCUACGAGGUUUUGCUCAUGAAGCGCUCGCCAGUCCUGACCGAGACGCUGCCACCAAAAUUUCUCACGAGUGGGCUGGCAUCUUGGCUUUCUCUCAAGACGCGGUUCCUUUUGCUGGUCGUUUGCCUUUCCCUGGACGCACGCAUCAAUGGGUCUGUGGAGGAUAUCAUGCCACGGGUAUGAUCAAGGCAUUCCUUACUUCUCGGAUGGUCGCUGGCCUGAUCCUCGGAGAGAAGCCAGACGAUGACUUUCCCAGGUCUAUCUUUACUACCGAUGACCGAAUUCGACAGUUAAGGAUUUCUUUAGAGAGGGGAGUGCCAGUACAGAUCAAGGCACGGCUUUAG